CGGUAGGAGCGUAGCUAUGGUUGCCGAGUGUUUAGCAGAAGCGGGAACGAAUGAACAGAAAUGUUAGCGAAAUAAUAAUCCGAAUCACACAUGCUGCUAAUACUACACUUAACGGAUCGGUCUGUGGUGCAUUGAGCUCAACAGGCAGGCUUCAAUUGAGCAAAAGAUUGUUGUUUGGAACAUUUGUGAUCAGUGUGCAUAAGAGUGUAACUGUUGUACCAGCGUCGCCAGCCUUCUUGACAGGGCUGUGGAGAUGGGGGUAUCCGAUUUUAAACUUGAUGCAAACGCUGGCCCUGUGGUGGACCUCUCAGCCCAGGGAAUCCAUAAGUUGGAACCGAGUUUUACAUGCUCAGAUGAAACCCAUACCCUCAUUCUGGAUCGCAACAAUAUCAUGAAACUAGACCAUCUUGAAAGAAGUCCAGGGUUACAACAGCUCUCUGUUGCCAGCAACCGUCUGGUGCGGAUGAUGGGUGUGUGCCGGCUAACAGCGCUAAGGGUUCUGAACCUGCCCAAUAACAGCAUUGGUUACAUCGAGGGCCUUCGGGACCUGCCUCAGCUUGAGUGGCUCAACCUCUCCGGUAACAACAUCAAGGUCAUUGAGCAACUUCACAACUGCAUUUCCCUGCAACACCUGGACCUGUCCGACAAUAACAUAUCAACUAUUGGCGAUUUGACUAAGCUGUUGGCCUUAAAAACACUCUUGCUUCACGGGAACAGCCUAACGACACUCCGUACGAUUCCUGCCCACCUACCCACGCGUCUAUCGAUUCUCUCCUUGGCGGAAAAUGAGAUAAGGGAUCUCAAUGAGGCCUCCUACUUCGCACCUCUCCAGGAACUGGAGCAGCUCUCUAUAAUGAGCAAUCCAUGUGUGAUGUCCACCCCGUCGCUGCCAGGGUUUGACUACAGACCUUACGUCAUGAGCUGGUGCCUGAGCCUCAAGGUGCUGGACGGCUAUGUGGUUACACAGAAAGAAAAUUUAAAGGCAGAAUGGCUGUACAGCCAGGGCAAAGGUCGCUCGUAUCGACCGGGUCAGCACGUGCAGCUGGUCCAGUACCUGGCCACCGUGUGUCCCCUGACCACCAGCCCAGCCCUGGAGACGGCCGAGGACGCCAAGCUGGAGAAGAUCCUCAGUAAGCAGAGGCUUCACCAAAGGCAACUGUUGCAGCAGACAGGAGGCUCUCCCAGCCCGCCUCGCCCUACUCACUUGGACGUGGAGACCCUCAGUCCACAGCAUACUGCCCCUCUGGCCCCAGUAAUGGCAGACAAUAGAUCCACCCCAACAGGCGCUGUUCCAUCGGCCAGAGAGAUGGAGCCGACGGUUCAGUACAACACCUGGAUGAGGUCGGACUCCUCCCACCAGCCGGGGCCUGUGCUUCGCAGCACCAGAGCCGCAGCAGAGGAGUCCCUCCACCUGGAGGACGUGCAAACAGACGAGGAUGGACCCAGCGGCAGCCUGCUCUCCUCCGUCUCCACCUUCCUGCCCGCGGCCGCCGACGUAGGAGAGCCCAAGGCGGCUCUCUCAGAGAGCGAGGACGAGACCGAAACGUUUGAGCCCGACUCUCUGGCCCCGGAACGCCCAUCCCUGCCAAGGAAGUCACUUAUCGCAGACAUCUGUUACCAGUGUCCAGAGACGGUGCGACAGGAGACUGUUGUCGAUACGGAAAGCCAGGCGACGGCCGGUCACCGCGAGGGCGCUGAUGUCUCAACAGCUUGUCCACCCGUCGUCGGGCCCAGCCGGGCGCAGGUCGGACCGGCCCCAGGAACCCCCCCAGACAGUGGGGGGGGGGAGGUGCUGGAGGAGCCCCAGCAGAAGGUGGUAGUGGACCUGGACGGAGACUGGGCAGCGGUGAGGAUACAGUCAUGGUGGCGGGGCCAGUACGCCCGCCACUACCACCCCGUCGCCCGGGAGGUCCGCAGUGAGAUCCGCCUGCACAGGAUGCAGGAGCACAUAGUCUUCCUAUCAGGGGAGCUGGAGAGAAUGCAGGGACGCUAUGAGGAAGAAAGGUUGCAGAGGAUGGUUCAGGAGGAGGCUGUCAAAUUUCUUUGGAAACAGCUCCAGUCAAUGCAGCGGUGGCAGCACUCUGUCGAGGGGCAGCUAGCCAGCAUGAAGCCCUGCGAGGCCCCGGCUGUGACGCCGGCUCCUGCGUCCUGUCAGCCCUUGGUCCCAGCAGCCUGCUGCAGCACCACAGAACCGGCCCACACGCAGGCGUCCUUCCCGGACUCCGGCUUCCAGUCAACAUGUGAGCAGCAGGUGGCCCUGGAGGACAGCUUUCUCAGCAGCGGCACUGUGGACUCCCUGGAGACUGUGCGGGCCCUGGCCCUGGCCAACCCUGGGGGCUGUGUGUCCCUAGUGGGCGGGGACAGCGCUGAUUGCAGCCUGCUGGAGCAGUACCUGUCCUCCGUACAGCAGAGGGAAGAGGAGGAGGAGGAGGACGGCAUGACCGGCGCCAGGACUGAAGGUUCUCAGCCCCCGUCGCCUCUGUCGCCCAGCAAAACGCCACCGCGGACCAACACGCAACACGCACGUCAGGGUGGGGACAAAGAAUCCAAACCCUGAUGCGCACGGACAAACAAAACUCGUCUCCCCGGGUUCCAUCUGUUGAAAAAGACUCUUGACCAAACUAGCUCCACAGAGACGUGCGUUUAGAAUCUGGAUUUACUCCCGUGAUUGGUCCUAGUUUGGACCUCUGCAACAUGCAUGUCUGAAACCAGCAUCGAAAGUGUUACAUUUUUGGCUUUGAAAAGAUGGCUUAUUGCUCAACUGGGCAAAACCAUGUGUAGCUAAUGGACACAAAUAGGCCUUGUACUUAUUUCGUUCACUUAUUUGCAAAUGAAAACAAAUGAAUGUUUGUUUUAUUAUAUCAAGGACAUUAUGUGUUCGAUUUACAAAAGGUUGUUGCCUUCUAAACCCGCCUGAUGGGGAAGACGGGGGAGGUUAAAAUAUAUCACCUAUUUUGUGUUAAUUUAAUUUAUUAUGCACUUAUUCAAAAAUAGUAGCUUUCGUAAAUGUGAGGAAUUUCUCAACAGUAUCCUGAUGAUAUAUAAUACUAAUUAAUGCAUUUCAGGGCUAUGUUCUAUACACAUCAUGCUCUAGCCAUAGACUGUACAAUAGGCUAAAGCAGAAGCGUCAUCUGCAAAACCACCACUGGAAAGCAAGAAGAGAUCACUACAUCUGACAUCUUUACUUUAAACCUGCUCUCUUUUCUUUUUGACUUCCUCUUUAUGUCUUUGACUCCACUAUAAUUUCCAUUAAAUAGGGAAACACUAAACAACUUCUGAUAAUUUCAUGCCAAUAAUUGCAAACUUGUCCGUACAUAAAUCUGGCCUUUAAAUCACUGCAAUGCGCACCAGAGGUUUGCGUUAUGUUAUGUUCUAUGUACUAUAGCAAGCUAUUGAUCUGGUUCUCUCUUCCUUAUGCUGCUUGCCAUAAUCUUUGUACUUAACAGAAAUACAAAUUCAAAACAAACUGAGAAUAAAGUUAACGCAUUAUUUUAAAUC